GGCGAAGAAGCGCAGCUGUUGCUUGAGCUGUUGGACUUGCAAAAAAGUUUAAAAAAAAAACAUUGGAAGAGAGUUACGAUUGCUCUGAUCAAAUCACGAUUGAUGAGGAAAAUGAAGAUGACGCCACUAACCAUAAAUGCGGCCAUGUGCUUCGAAAAUAUAAUCUUUACGGCAAGAGCUACUGCAUGCAGCACAGGGCUUACAAAUUCAUGCUCACAUUUUUAAUUAUCCAAGUGGCUUGUGAGAGGAGUUUCAGCAAGUUGAAAUGUGUCAAAACAAGAUUGCGAAGUCAGUUGACAGAUAAUCACUUGGACUCACUGUUGAUGAUGUGCAUUGAAAAGGACAUAUUGAGUAACAUAACCAACGAUGAAAUUAUUGAUGACCUUGCUAAAUCGAGUGAUGAAUUAAAAAAGUUACUGUUUUUAUGAUUUUUAGUUUUUGUGAUUUAAAUAUGAAUUUAUAAAACAAAUAUAACACAUGUACUUAAAUGACAUCUUUAUUGAUUUUAAACAAGUGUAUACAAGUUCUUAUUGUUCAAUAGUGUUACAAAAGUAUUUAAAAGUAAGGGGUUACAAGCGAAUACGAUAUUAAUUAGAUGGUUGCUAAAGUAAAUUGGAAAGUUUAAUACCCAGAGGUAUUAAACUUUCCAAUUUACUUUAAAGUUUAUAUUCAGGAGGUAUACAUUGGUUUUAAAGUUUAAUUUUUGAGUGAGGUGGACCUGCGAGUAAUAAUUUGAAAACUUAAUAUAGCCUAUUAUAUUUUUAUCUAUUUUGUUUUCAAAUUGUUGUUUCAGAAGUACAAACAUCUGUAGUAUUACUAAACCAACACCACCUGAUCACUUGAUGGCAAUAAAGUGAAGCUCAGGGUUGCAUAUGUCAAAAUAUCUAAACAAUCUACAUUCCAAUACAUCUGAUAGCCAGCCUGGUAUAUUACACCCUGGUGUGUUGUCCAAUCAAUCAAAAACUAUCAUGAAAACACCAGUUCACGUGUUAAGUUCGAUCAACUCAUCUGUUCUAUUGGAGAGGUUAAUAACAACCCUUGAAGAAAUUAAAGAAACUCAAAAGACUCAUUCUGCAAUGUUGCAGUCUAUAAUGCGACAAAUCAAUACACCUCAGGUGGAAAAAGAUAAUGAAUUGCCUGUAGGCAUUGACCUUCGCAUUUCCAGUAUCAAAGAUAUUAAUGAUUUGGAGGAGCAGCUAAAAGAUUGCUCAAUAAAGAGAAUAUUGAUGAGGGACUUCAAUAGUGUCCAAUAUUGGUGGGAGCUUAUUGGAUGAUGCCAUUAAAAGAAUGAUGAAAUUCAUUCUAUCUAAUAAUCUUGGAAGACUGUGUAAUCUUUCUGUGCAGGCUGGAAAAGUAUGCUUUUCGAAACUAGAAAUAUUUGAUGUAGUCUGUGGUGCAGUUAAACGAAAUGCAUUGACAGCUAAUGCAACC